CUCCCAUUUGAUUGGAAGGCGGCAAAGGCUUUAAUCUCCCCCUCGGUGCAGCUGCUUUUGAAGUGAGUUUCCUCGCCAGAGCCCCGGCUGGACAGGCAGCGGCUCACAUCGCCAAGCGCAGCGCCAGCGCCGGGUCGCGAGUGCGCAGCGCAGGGGCACAGCCCGAGGCGGACACGGCGAGCCACCCGGCACUCCCACAGUCCGGCCGGCUCCUCCCGCUCGGCCACGGCACCGCUGCGGGCCACCCAGGAUUAUUCGCUUCUGGCUCCAGGCGCCGAGAAGGCGCGCAGGGUGCCCGUGGCCGCCGCGCCAGCUGCUCCUCCUCCUACUGCUUCUGCUCCCCGGGCGAGCGCGCAGCCCGGAGCCCGCCCCGCGCCUCCCGGAGCCCUCCCCCCGCUGCUCCCAUGCGUGCGGGUGGGUCAUGAGCACAGCGCCCUCGCUUUCUGCCCUAAGAAGCAGUAAGCACAGCGGCGGCGGCGGCGGCAGCAGUAGUGCGGACCCUGCCUGGACCAGCACGCUCUCUGGAAAUAGCUCCGGCCCCGGCCAAGGCUCGUCCCCGGCCGGCAGCACCAAGCCUUUUGUGCACGCUGUGCCCCCCUCUGAUCCUCUCCGCCAGGCUAACCGCCUGCCCAUCAAGGUGCUGAAGAUGCUGACGGCACGGACUGGCCACAUUUUGCACCCCGAGUACCUGCAGCCCCUGCCUUCCACUCCCGUCAGCCCCAUCGAGCUUGAUGCCAAGAAGAGCCCGCUGGCGCUGUUGGCGCAAACAUGCUCACAGAUCGGGAAGCCCGACCCCUCGCCCUCUUCCAAACUCUCCUCUGUCGCUUCCAAUGGGGGCGGCGCGGGCGGUGCCGGCAGUGGCGCCGGGGGCGACAAGGACACAAAGUCGGGCCCCCUCAAGCUGAGCGACAUCGGCGUGGAGGACAAGUCGAGUUUCAAGCCGUACUCCAAACCCGGCUCGGAUAAGAAGGAGCCGGGAGGCGGCGGCGGCGGAGGCGGUGGUGGCGGGGGCGGCGGCGGGGGGGUUUCAGCAGAGAAGUCCGGAUUCCGGGUACCGAGCGCCACCUGCCAGCCAUUCACGCCCAGGACAGGCAGCCCAAGCUCCAGCGCCUCGGCCUGCUCGCCAGGAGGCAUACUGCCUUCGGCCGGGGGCGGCCCGGAGGGCAAGGACGACAAGAAGGACCCCGACGUGGGCGGCGGCGGUGGCAGCAGCAAGGGUUCCGGGGGCACCUCGGCCGAAGGGGGACCCACGGGGUUGGCGCACGGCCGGAUUAGCUGCGGCGGAGGGAUUAAUGUGGACGUUAACCAGCACCCAGAUGGGGGGCCCGGGGGCAAGGCUCUAGGCUCAGACUGCGGAGGCUCGUCCGGCUCCAGCUCCGGUUCAGGCCCCAGCGCGCCCACCUCCUCCUCCGUACUGGGCUCUGGGCUGGUGGCUCCGGUGUCGCCCUACAAGCCGGGCCAGACAGUGUUCCCUCUGCCUCCCGCGGGCAUGACCUAUCCAGGCAGCCUGGCUGGGGCCUACGCUGGCUACCCGCCCCAAUUCCUGCCACACGGCGUGGCACUUGACCCCACCAAGCCGGGCAGCCUGGUGGGGGCGCAACUGGCGGCGGCCGCGGCAGGCUCUCUGGGCUGCAGUAAGCCGGCCGGCUCGAGCCCCCUGGCCGGGGCGUCGCCGCCAUCCGUGAUGACAGCUAGUUUGUGCCGGGACCCGUACUGCCUCAGCUACCAUUGCGCCAGCCACCUGGCAGGGGCGGCGGCAGCCAGCGCUUCGUGCGCUCACGAUCCGGCCGCGGCGGCCGCGGCGCUCAAGUCAGGAUACCCGCUGGUGUACCCCACGCACCCGCUGCACGGCGUGCACUCAUCGCUAACAGCUGCCGCCGCUGCCGGCGCCACACCGCCCUCCCUGGCCGGCCACCCCCUCUACCCCUACGGCUUCAUGCUCCCUAACGACCCGCUCCCCCACAUCUGCAACUGGGUGUCGGCCAACGGGCCCUGCGACAAGCGCUUCGCCACCUCCGAAGAGCUGCUGAGCCACUUGCGGACCCAUACGGCCUUCCCCGGGACAGACAAACUUCUGUCGGGCUACCCUAGCUCAUCAUCUCUGGCCAGCGCCGCCGCGGCCGCCAUGGCUUGCCACAUGCACAUCCCCACGUCGGGCGCUCCGGGCAGUCCCGGGACGCUGGCGCUGCGCAGCCCCCACCAUGCGCUGGGACUCAGCAGCCGCUACCAUCCCUACUCCAAGAGCCCGCUCCCCACACCCGGCGCUCCUGUGCCGGUGCCCGCCGCCACCGGACCCUACUACUCCCCCUACGCCCUCUACGGACAGAGACUGACCACGGCCUCGGCGCUGGGGUAUCAGUGAGGGCGGUGGGGAGGGUUAGCGAGGGAGAGAAAGGAGCAGGGGGGAGGGAGGAGCCGAGGGAAGGGUGGGAACUGGGCAGAGGCUACUGUCAGCCGCGCGUGGGGAUGACCCGGGCCAGGAAAGGAAAAAUAUAUAUAUCGUAUCUAUCUACCCAAAACAGCGACCGAGACCCGGUGGGAAAUGCCCCUUUCCCCCCACCUCUCACCUCCCCACCCACCCAAACUUUAUAAAAGUUGAAAAAAUAUCAUUUGACUUUUUAUAGAAAAAGAAGGAAAAAUUAAUUGAGAAAGUGUUCAUCUGAGGACUGCAUCGGUGGACACUGGUAUUUAUUUAUGUUAGCUCCAAGCGGACCCGUGGUUCAAAAGUGCAUUAUUUAGGUUGAGCUCCGUAGGUAAAAAGGAGGAGGGGUAAAAAAAAAAAAAAUUAAAUCUUGAGGGUAAAAAUGUGGAAAACAAACCCUCCCGUCCCUUGUAGAUUAUAAAUAAAUACAGAACCACCACAGAACUAGAGGUCUUCUCUUUAAUGUUACUUUAAAAUUGCUAUUAUUGUAUUGUACGUUCUUAUUUAAUGUCUGAUUGAAACACAAAUUUACAUGCAUGUUUGUUACAAAAAAUGAAAAAACAAAACAAAACAAGUCACAAUUUGUCAGCUCUGAUUUCAAAUUGCAAUUAUUUUUAAGGUGUAUACCAUCGAAAGAGAAUGGGUAUUUUUUUGUAUGUAUUCUGGAAGAAAACAAAAAAAAAAAA